CACCACUUCAUCUUCAACGUUGCACAUCUUGCAAUUCUCACUCCAUUACUCAUAGCUACAACUAUAUCGAUAGCCAUGCAGGCCGUUGUUUUCAAAGGUCCUCUCGAGGUUGCUCUCGAGGAGCGUCCCAUUCCUCAGAUCCAGGAUCCCACCGACGUGAUCGUCAAAGUACGCUACACUGCACUAUGUGGGAGUGAACUACACGUCUUCCGCGGCCACCAGCCCUCCACAACCGGCUUCAUCAUGGGCCAUGAGUUCACCGGAGAAAUCGUCGAAACCGGCUCAGACGUCCACAAUUUCCAUACUGGUGACCUAGUUGUCUCACCAUUCACUGUGAGCUGUGGGGAAUGUUUCUACUGCGUGCGAGGUUGUUCCUCUCGCUGCGCUAAGUGCCAACUCUACGGCUCUGCGGUCCUGGAUGGCGGGCAGGCAGAUUAUGUCCGUGUCCCGCUGGCGGACUCGACGCUGGCUGCUGCGCCGAAGGAGAUUGACGAGAAAAAGCUUGUGCUUAUGGCGGAUAUUUUCCCCACGGGUUAUUUUGCCGCCAAUAAUGCAUUCAAGGGGAUGGAUGAAGCUACGGUGCAGGAGAGUACGGUAAUUCUGUUUGGAUGUGGACCGGUAGGGAUCUGUGCGUUGAUCAGUGCACUGGAGUAUCGACCGAGGCAUCUUAUUGCCAUUGAUAGUGUUCCCGAUCGGUUGGAGUUGGCGGGACGGCUAGGGGCCGAGCCGUGGAAUUUCCAGACGCAGGCAGAUGGUUUAAGAGACAGGGUGAAGGAAUUGACGGAGGGCAGAGGUGCCGAUGUGGCGAUUGAGGUAGUGGGACAUAGUAGUGCGCUGGCUAUGGCGUUUGAGAUGUUACGGCCCUGGGGUCGGAUCUCGAGUGUGGGAGUGCAUAAUGGCGAGAUCCCGUGGACGGGCAAUCAGGCGUACGGGAAAAAUCUGCAAAUUCAGAUGGGACGAUGCCCAGUUCGGAGUAGGUUGAUCGUUCUAUUGGUAGGUUAUUAUGAUGCUGACAACUGUAUGAUAGGCACUUUUGAGGAUGCGUUGAAGCUGCUGGUUCAGAAGCAGGAUACUCUUGAUUUCAUGGUAACUGAUGUGCGACCACUCUCGGAGGCUGUCCGAGCAUAUGACGAUUUUAAUCAUAUGCGAUCGCAGAAGAUCAUUUUCGAGGGUGGAAAGUGAGCAUUUUCGGCGGUGAGGAGUUGGUGGUGAGGAUCGUUCAAUUAUGCGGUAGAGUGGUUUGCAUCGGAUGAAAACAACUCAUGUCUUUCCAAUUAGCAGUCAAAUCCAUUUACAAACGUUCCUGAUUGCAGCUAGAUCCAAUAUGACGAUACUGCUGGUGUGUUGUCCGUCCAAACUCUUUCAUGGCUAUUAAUCAAAGGGAUUGGUAUGUGUUUGAUACCUGCCAAGGGUGCCUAGGCUGUAAGUAGACGA